UGAGUAUUUAUACUUGUAGGUAUUUGCUCGGAUGACACCAUAUGACCUAGGAAAAGCAUCUUGUGUAUGCCGGAAAUGGAGGUUCACAGUUCGGAACCCCGUGUUCUGGCGUAACGCUUGCCUGAGAGCUUGGCAGUCUGUUGGGGUGAUUGAAAAUUAUAGGAUCUUGCAGUCUAAGUAUGAUGGAUCAUGGAGGAAAAUGUGGCUUUUAAGGCCAAGAGUUCGUACUGAUGGUCUUUAUGUGAGUAGAAAUACUUACAUUCGAGCUGGAGUUGCUGAGUGGAAGAUUACAAAUCCAGUUCACAUAGUUUGUUACUUCCGGUACAUAAGAUUCUAUCCCUCUGGGAAAUUUCUGUACAAGAACUCUUCCCAAAAAGUGAAGGAGGUUGCCAAAUUCAUGAACCAUAAGGCGGCUUCUAAAGCAGACUGUGUUUUCAAAGGCCAUUAUACAUUGUCAGAUGACAAGAUUGAAGCUGCUGUUCUGUACCCGGGUUUGCGCCCUACGGUUUUAAGAAUCCGCCUAAGGUUACGAGGAACGGUGACAGGGGCAAACAACCGGAUGGAUCUGCUCUCGCUCGUAACGAGCGGAGUGAACGACGAGGAAGUGAACAGUACAGAGGAAGAUAUCCUUGGAGUGGUUGAAGGUUGGGGAGAUGAUGAAAGCCAUAACCCAGAUGUACCUGCAGUCUCGCACAAGAGAGGUUUAACUCCAUUUGUCUUCGUCCCCUUUGACGAGGUGGAGAAAUCGGUUUUGAACUUACCAGUGGAGAAGAUGGAUUACUUUGUGCCUGGCUAAGUGCAAAAGAUGGCAUAAGAUCAAAAGGGGGAAACUUUCUGUACAAAAUGUAUAAAUGUGGUUCUUGGAUUAUUAGGACAUAUGAUGAUUGAUGUUAUUGCACUGCCAACUGUUUUGUCAGGAUACACUUUGGUACUACUCUGCUAUUGUACCGUCUUGGAAUAAUUCAUCAUCUGAGGUUUCUUGUAGAACAAGUAAAAGACCGGUCUCCUGUCCAUACUCUGGAUUUAAGAUCCUUGGAAUGCACCAGAUGGUUCCCUUGUCUGGUCGUCAA